UAUUUAAUUGGGAAAUAAUUUCACUUUUGAUAAAAAUAAAUAUAUGGAAACUCAAGUUUUGGUCAGCUUCUGACGUGCAUGUUAUAGUAAAAUGAGAAAUGGAUAUUGAGGAUUGAUGUUGUUCUUUGCAUUUUCAGUCAUUUGUCUACAUCUCCCAUGUUUGGGAUCCACCUUUUCAAGAACUAUUUAUUGAUUUUUCUGAAAGUAAUUACGUGAGGAUUUAUCUUUUGAAAUAUAACACAGCUCAUUCAGCCUCUUUAUGCAUUAAAACCUAAAAGCAUUUUUCUAAUUUUAACCGAAAGGUUUUAACACUCGUACAGAUUCUUGAGAAAACCAUCUUGACUUUGAAUUCUACUGCCUUAUGGAAUUACCUGCUCAGGGGAAUGCUAGAUGAUACGCUAGCAAAAAAAGGCUUUAACUUAAUAGUUUCCAACUGCAAUUAAAAGGUGUCUACAUUUAUAAGAUUCCUGAAAAGCCUGUAAAUAAUCCAGUUUGUUUUUAUAUUUAGAUGACUUUAAGCCUGCAUCUAUUGAUAUGUCCUGUGAAGGAGACCUUAAAGUUGGCAAAGGUGAACAGGUGACAAUAACACUGCCAAAUAUCGAGGGCUCAACUCCACCAGUGACUGUGUUCAAGGGCUCAAAGAAGCCUUAUCUAAAAGAAUGUAUCUUAAUUAUCAACCACGACACUGGAGAAUGUCGCCUAGAGAAACUUAGUAGCAACAUCACUGUGAAAAAAACCAGAGCUGAAGGAAGCAGUAAAGUCCAGUCUCGCAUAGAGCAGCAACAGCAGCAAAUGCGAAAUGCAACUAAGGUUCCAAACAAUGUUAAAAAUUCUCCACCAAAAGAAAAGAUGUUUCCGUCUUCUCCUAUGGAUGAUAUUGAACGAGAGCUAAAAGCAGAAGCCAGUAUCAUGGACCAGCUGAGUAGCUCUGACAGUUCAUCUGACUCUAAAAGUUCUUCGUCCUCUUCAUCAAGUAGUGAAAAUAGUUCUAGUGAUUCUGAAGAUGAAGAAACGAAGCCCUCUCUUCCUAUGUCCAUGCCGUAUUUGCAGCCGCAGCCUACUGCGUCUGCCAUACCACAACAGGCUAUCCCUGACAAAGACGCCAGUCAUAACAGAUCCCAAGAGAGCAGUGGUCAUAUGAUGAAUACACUACGUAAGUACAAAGGCUGUUCUUUUCUUAGUGCACAAUUCCAGACAUCAAGAUUCUGAAAGGAAACCAUAUUGUUUUUAAGUAUGUCUCUGUUAUAAUUAAAACUGUGGGAAGUGAUGCUAGGGUUUGAUUGUUCAGCAGCAGUCUGAAUUAGACACUGGGCUAGAAGGUUCUUGGUCCCCAGAGAUAUUAAAUUAAAGCUGAUGGAGUUGAAAAUAUUUCCUAAGCUCUUCUGGCUUUCUACCAGUUAUAUACAUUGGGACUGGAGAACAGUAAUUUUGUAUUGAAAAUACGUGAACUAACAGGGCACUCCCAAAACAUAUGCUUAUAAUUUCUUGGGUAGAACUAUGGGAAAGAUACUGUACUCGCAAUACUCUGAAUUACAGAAGAGAUGGCGUAUUCUUAGCUACUUCAGUUACUGUUAUUCAUGGCACUGUUCCAUUGGACAGCAUGGCCAAACUGCCCUUUGCCUAUGAGGAAGGAGGCGAUGUGCUUUCAGGUGAUACUAUCUUAUUCCACUCAUUCAGGCAACUAAAAAUGUAAUUUGAAGAGCAGCUGCGGUGUUCUUCAAGAAGUGGUUGGUGCGCAGCCUGGAAUUGAAUGCUCAGUGUAUUCAAAAAAGUAUAAGUAGGACAGAAAAAAAAUCCCACCAGGUAGAGAAUCUUAAGUUCACUACCUAAAUAGCAGUAUUCAUACAUAGAAGUGAGUAUUCAGCUAUGGUGAGUCUUCAAAAAUUAUUACAUUUUUAAUUAGGUGCUUUGCUGCAGGCUCCCAGUUUGAAGAGAUUGCCAUCAACCCUGGUUUGCAGCCUGAGUUCUUUAAGGUUUAUCAUUUAUAUGUAAACUUGUUAUAUUGAAAUCUUAGACUCUGGCAGAUCUACUUUUAUUUCAGUACUUAAUGGAUAACAUGAACAGGGUUUUUUUGUAGCUAGUAUUUAAAUACUUAAAUAUCUGUGCUGGUUAUUACGUACUGCAUUAACAGAUAAGAUCAGACUGAAAAGUCCUGUGACUUCGUGUGCAAACGACUAAAUGCUGCUUUCAUUUUACUGUCACUGUAGAGAACAAUGUCUUCAAGUUUAUAAUUUGCGUAACUUUAAAUGUGCCAUUUAUUUCAACGCUUACUCACAAAUGGGAUUUCCCUUUCUUCAUGCUUUAAAUAAAACUGUUAUGAAAACGAGAUUAAGCUCUAUCCCUAGUGACAGAAUCCCAGCUGGCAGAGCUUGCACUGAGAGAUACACUGACAAGUACAGGUGGCCAAGUCCACCAGUUCCAACAGUCAUAGUGAGAAAAUGCUGCUUAAAACAUGACAACAUCAAAACUCUUACAGGUGAAGUUGGUGGCUUGGUGGUGCUCAAGAACCAUGUUGACAGGUAGAACCUCUGUCUGUAGCAUCAAGCCUUGGGCUUGACUAUCUGGUCUUGCCUAGAUCUUUAGCUUGAUCCCAUUUACUUCUGUUAUGGUUACAGAUCUAUUUACUGCUUAAAAUUAUUCUGUCCUGAACUUCCGGUACAGUUAACACUUAAAAUACACUUCAACUAGACAAAGAUCAAAACAGUUAUUUUCAAGGAGAAUGUGUUUCUCUAGCUCUCUUGCUGAGACAGUUUGGCAGGAAAGUGAAGCCUGGAGAAACUAAAUGGGUAGCACAUGGUUCUAGUUUGAAUGACAAGAGUUCUCGGUUGGGGUCCUGUACAGUAAUUUCUUCCAUCUCAAAUAUGUUUUACAAAAAUACAAUAUUGAAUCAACAAAUGUCAGCACAACCUGUUUGCUCAUCUAAUCCUGUUUUGAGGUUUGACUGCUUAUGUGUGUGACUAGUUUUGUGCACCUCUGUAGAAUCGGGGCCAUACUGGGUAAUUAGUGAAGCUUUUCUUUGCCUUGCUGUGUGCAGGCAGAAGACUGGGGGAAGGCUUAGAGAGCAGAGUUUCAUCUGGCAUGUAGAAAUCAUACAGCUGAGGUUUUGUGGAACUUGGAAAACACAGGAGGUGGUGUGUAGAGCGUGGUAACCACAUACUUCUAUCAGAUAUACAUAAUCUACCUCUUCAGGAACUUGGGGCUCAAGACUGCCCUCACCCUCAAAAUACUGCUUCUUCCCCUUGCUACCUUCAGAAGCUGAUUAUAUAGGCUUACAACGUGCCUUACAACAAAGUUUGUAAAUGGUGGCACUAAAUGAAUCUGUUCUUUGCAAGUAUUUGAUAAUAUGUUACUUUACAUCUACUUUUUGUUUAAACAAGAGUUACGUUAAAUAAAGUAAUUUUCCAAAGAAAAACCAGCAUAGAUUGGCUAUUCUGGGGCCUUUUGCCAUGUACAUAGUAUUCAGCAUAACUUCACUUCUUUUGAUACAUAGUGCUGGUUCAAGCAGCUAGUGAUGAAAUAAUUUUCCCUUGUAUUAGUUUGGUGUUGCUGUGACCCCUAAGAUCUGUGAAACGCAGGUCAUGCCUAUGAGUUUUCCCAUUCCCUAUAACUCGCAAUUCAAUUGAAUAUAUUAUAGUAACUGAUUUAAAAGUUUAGGAAAUGUCAUAACUUGCAGUGCAAUCUGUUUCCCCAAUUAAUAUUACUAAUAAGCAAUUGGCACUGCGAAAACUGAAUUCAGCAGUUUUCCCUGCUUUAUUGCUAAGUACAAUAGAGUCUAGAUGUUUCUUCAGAGUCCUAGUUAACUGAACUUUCCAUUCUUGCACCAAACCCAUCUGAAAACUACCAACUCUAUCUAGUCUGUGUUAUUUUGCCAUCUCUCUGAAGGUGUCUUCUGGAUGUAGCAUUAUAAAAUGGGACAGAAAGUUUUCCCUGAAGUAAAUCCUAAUGCAUUAUUUCUGACUCUGGAACUUGGAGUUCUUGCUUUU